AUGUUUCGUCUUAUAAACUUUUCUCUACUACUACUUGUUGUUAGUUGGGUAAAUUCAGAAGAAUUGGCAGUUGGGAACGAUACUGAAGAAGAUCUGGAAUUCAGUACUGCAGUGAACACGUUAGCAGUAUGGCCUUAUGUUAAGACAAUCAUUAGGUGGAGCGGCGUUCCUGUUGUACUUCUCAUAUUUGCCUAUGGCAUAUAUGACACGAUUAGAAGAAUAAGAUCGGUGCGAUCCAGGCGAGAUAUCAGAUAUCAACGAGUUUUAGAGUACGAAUACAAUUUGAGAGAUGAUCGUAACGAGACUCAAGAAGACGCGGAUCUCAUAAGUAACGAGGAUUAUGAUUCUAUAACAUUUGUAGAGUUAUAUGAAGGGCCGGAUGGGAAAAAAACUGAAAGAGUGGGAAUCCGUUUUAAACUGACUUACAAAGGAUAUGUUCUGGAGAAAUGGAUUAGCUUUAAGAAAUUUCUUUCAACUCAACAAACAUUUAUUUGGUUUUUUGUUACAUGCCUUAUAAUUUCCUACGUUGUUCCAUUCGUCAGACGAAUUAUACUAAAAGAACUUAGCGAUGAGGAAUACAACAGAUUGCGAGACCAGUGCCUCAACAGAAGACGUCUCUUGGGAUUCGAAAUCGAACAUUUCAUGAGAAAUGAGUUCCGAUUGCUGCCAGUCGCCCGGUGGAGGCGUCGUGGUUGA